AUGACCGCCUACAAUAGUUCGGCAUUUGAAGUUGCAGGUGAUAUCAACUCAAAAGUCUGCCAACCCUGCCAAGAUGCAGGGUCUGAAUGUGACCGAACUACGAUUCGUUUCCGUAACGGAUUGACACAAUCAGAUGGCAUCGACAGAACAUUUCUGGACCAAGAUAACUGGCCACAAGUACGUGGAAAGAUCCGCUUCCACGACGAGACUCCAGAAAUUGCCAGCCUCUACGUCAGCACUUUAGACUAUGGCACUGUUUUGCCAUGUCAAGACAUAUCUAGUGAGGGUCAUACAAGGAUAUUCCACUCGAAUAACAAUCUCCACAAUGAACAGUUCCAUAUCGGCAGCACAUCAACUCAACAGCAGCUCUCAAAAGGCUUUUCCCAAUCUAGCCAAUCCCUAUUCUCCUCUCCGCCGUCCAGACCACCAGCUCUCCCUCAAGCUCUCCAUAACUUCACCCAGAGAGAGGCUAUACUGCUCCGAAACUUCGUUGAAAACAUGGCACUUUGGGCAGACAUAACAGACCCUUAUCGUCAUUUUGAAUCUGAAGUACCAGCAAGGGCACUAAAGGAACCAGUCUUACGCUGCGCUAUAUUUGCAUUUUCAUCCCGACAUCUGAACCGCCAAAAUGAUAGCGAAGCCGCAGAAGCUUUACGGUAUCACAAUGAAUGUGUGCAGCUGUUGAUACCCGUGCUCUCUGAGCCAGAGCACAUCACGGAGGAGUUUCUGGCUACGGUCGCAAUUCUACGCCAGCAUGAAGAGAUGGAUGGCGAGGAUCACCAGUUUCACCUCACAGGCACAUCCCAUAUUCUCAAUUCGGUCCAAAGAUUUGGCUCAUCAGGUGGUCUCGGCGAGGCAGCAGCUUGGUUAUGCCUACGUCAAGAUAUUUAUGUGUCAUUAACUACCCAGCGGCCUCUUCGGACCAAUUUGGAAAACUUCCGCGGCUCAGAUAUCUUCACCAGAAAUGACGAUUUUGCCUGGUCUAGCAGGAUGGUGUUUUUACUAGCGAAGGUUCUUCAAAGUGCAUUUUCCGAUGUAUCUCCUGACAAUUCGAUUGACGUGGAGGUUGAAAACUGGGUUACCUCAAAACCAUACACCUUUGAACCGGUGAGAAUGGUGGCACGGGGAACGGAAAUUGAUCAACGGUUCCCGAGCAUUUGGAUGCUCCUACCUGUCCAUGUGAUUGGCCUGCAGUACUACCAUAUCGCAAAGAUUGUGCUAGCUUUGUCUGCAUCAUCCCCGAUGAGCACUACCUAUGAAACCUUCCGACAAACUCGACAAACAGAACGAAACAUCCGCUAUCACUUACUUCGUAUUCUAGGCCUGGCUCAGUCGAAUGCCCGAGCAGAGAACACGCUGUUUACCGCACGACAUAGUUUAGUAGCAUGGGGCUGGGUUCUACGGCAUCGUAGCGACCAGAAAGCUGCAGAGUGUCUAUUGCAUGACAUGCAUGAAAGGACUGGAUGGAACAUGGAUACUCUGAUUGAAUCACUCCGCCAGCAAUGGCAGGAUGAUGACGGAAGUAGCGGAAAUUAA